GUUGUUCCAACUGAGUAUAGAUAUAUAUCAAAAGAAGUUUUACCAACAAAUCAAUUUUCUGUAACGGAGUACUUUUCUCCCAUCCAUGAUUUUGAACGGACAUGGCCAGCUGUAUACUUCUUAUAUGAUCUGUCACCAAUUACCGUGACCAUUAGAGAAGAACGUCGCAGUUUUCUGCACUUCAUCACUCGGCUCUGUGCAGUUUUGGGUGGUACAUUUGCCUUGACAGGCAUGCUAGAUGGAUGGAUGUACAAGAUUCUUGAAUCUGUUACAAAGAAAAACAGCAGAACUAUUGUGCGCUAAACGUCGAAUCAUUGCACUACUGAUAUGUUCAGGCAAAGCUGAAUUGCAGAUCACUGGUGAUCUAGGCAAAAGCUUUAGCAAACAAAGCAGAUCAACAUUAUGUUUAUGAACAAGUUGUUUUUAUCCCCAGUGGUUUUGUAGCACUAGAAGAACAAUACCCAAGUUUAUUCUAGAGAAGAAAAUGUAUUAUUCAUUGGUUUAUGUAACAAAACCUAGGAAUAUGAAACAUUUUGCUGUCAAUUUUGCUCAGUUGUUGAAAACUGAAAAUGUUAUAUAAAUCAACAUAUUGAUAUCUUUUUAUCAGA